AUGAUUUUUGAUGAGAAAAUAAAUGCUGAAUUAACUUUCAUAUUCAAAAUAGGUUGUAAUUAAUAUUUUAGAAUGAUUUUUGAUGAGAAAAUAAAUGCUGAAUUAACUUUCAUAUUCAAAAUAGUGGAUAGUAAUAUUUUUGAAAAAUAGUAAUGUAGAAUUUUAGUUAAUAAAAUUAAAGUUUAUAAAAAAGUAAAAUAUUUGAUCUCUUUCACCAUCUUCUUCUUCUUUUAAAAUGAAUUGAUUUAAAUAAUAUACCACUGUGUUCUAAUUUAAGCUCGUUCUUUCCAGCCAAUUUAGUAGAAUUUAGAUCUUAAUUCAAAUUUUUGUUCUAAAAUUUUACAGUAGCUUGACUAGCAUCCAAUUCUUCUUUCUCAAAUUCUAUUUCUAGAUACUUGUAAUUAAUAUCUUAGAAUGAUUUUUGAUGAGAAAAUAAAUGCUGAAAUAACUUUCAUAUUCAAAAUAGGGACACGUAAUCAAUAUUUUAGGAUGAUUUAUAUUGAGAAAAUAAAUGCUAAAUCAACAUUCAUUUUCAAUAUAAUCGGCAGUAAUUUAUAUUUUAGAAUGAUUUUAGAUGAUAAAACAAACGAUGAAUUAAUUUUCCAAUACAAAUUAGAAAGCAAUUAAUAUUUUAGAAUGAUUUUUGGUGAGAAAAUAAAUACUGAAAUAACUUUCAUAUUCAAAAUAUUCGGGUGUAAUUAAUAAUUUAGAAUGAUUUUUGAUGAGGAAAUAAAUGUUGAAUUAACUUUCAUAUUCAAAAUAGUUGGUAACUAACAUUUUAGAAUCGUUUUUGAUGAUAGAAUAAAUGCUGAAUUAACUUUUAUAUUCAAAAUAGUCUGUAAUAAAAAUUUUCAAAAGAUUUUUGAUGAGAAAAUAAAAGCUGAAUUAAUAUUCAUUUACAAAAUAGGAUUGGGUAAUUAAUAUUUUAGAAUUAUCUUUGAUGAUGAAAUAAAUGCUGAAUUAAUUUUCGUAUUAAAAAUAGCGUGGUGUAAUUAAUAUUUAAGAAUUAUUUUUGAUAAGAAAAUAACUGCUGAAUUAACUUUUUUAUCUUCAAAGUCGUCAAUGGUGGUAAUAAUUAAUCCUAUUAAACCUAUAUAUGAAUAUCUUCUACUUGCUUAUUUAUAGAGAAAGUAAAAUUCUUUAUACAUCAAAUGCUUAAAAACUCUGAUAUUUCUUAUUUUGCAAAUUAUAAAUAUCCAUUCAAAGUAUAUUUGUGACCCAAAUUCAAGUUAUAAGCUAAAUAUAGCUGUUCUUGUUUCUAAAAUUUUGCAGAUCAGAUAUAUAAUUUAUCUAAGAGAUAAUGCUAUUCUAGGAUAAUUAUUUAUCUAGUAGAUUUGUUUAUAAUUUAUUUGCUCCUAUCUCUGGGGUAGUAAUGUAUCAGUAGUAUUGGGUGGAUGUACUGUCCUCCCUCUUUAAUAAGAUGUCUUUUUUAAGAAGAUAAUUAUCUAUUUUUGA